AUGGAGCCCAUUGUCAAAGCAGUUUACAGGAAACGUAUUGAAGUGGAAAACUUGGAUUCCUUUGAGAAGAAAAUUAUCAUAACUCCUAAGAAUAAACACAUCAUGGCACUGAAUAAUGAAAUUAUAACCUUGAUGCCUGGUGAAAUUAAAAAAUACUACAGCACAGAUUCAACGACGAUGGAUGAUUCUGAAAAUCAAGCUACUUAUCCCAUUGAAUUUUUAAAUGCUCAUACACCAUCAGGGCUACCACCGCAUAAAUUGCAGUUGAAAAUUGGUGCUGUUAUAUAUGUCAGGAAUACCUGUGUAGCUUUAGAGGAGCCCCAACCCACGCCCUCCCUCAGCCUACUCCGCCUCGCCUCUCCCAGAGUGCACCGCAGCGGCGCAGCUACUUCCGGGCGGGGGCGGAGGCGGAGCUGGCUUUCUGUCGGCUCCAAGAGGGCGGGGGCGCUGGUGCGGCGGGUGGCAGCGUUGCGCGGGGGGUUGUGGGGCGGCCGCAGGAAUCAGGAGGCCGAGGCCGAGGCCGAGACCGAAGUCAAGAACAUGGAGCCCGCCUUGGCCUGCCCGCCACCGCGCAGCAGGCGGUACGUGCCCCCCGAGAACCUGUCCCAUCUCCUGAAGGCCCACGUCCAGGCCCUGGCGGGGCCUGCGCUGGCUGCGGACUGGCAGCAAACCCCACUCGGGGAUCUUGGGCUCAGGUACCACCUCCUGGCACAGCUGGCUGCCGAGUUGGGCCACACCGUCCCCAACUCACAGCUCCACCAGAUGCGCACGGCUCAGGACGUUUUCGACUUCUACAGCACUCCCGUCAAGGAUGCAUCGAAAUUCGAUGAGCUGUGCACAGCAAAGCUGCCGCCGAACCUCAAGAUCACUUGGGAGUACUGAGCCCUGCCAGCAGGGAGCGGGGCCGGCUGGCCUGGCCUCAGGGGAGACUCGCGUGGCAGGGGCAACACAGUGAUGAUUUUGACAUAUGAUGGCUCCAUCAGAAGUUGGCUUUUAUGACUUAAUUUUUCAAGGGUGCUGCCUUUUUGUUACGCAACAUUUUAUUAUAAUAAAACUACUAACAGGAGGGACUAACCUCUGAAUUUUCUUUCCUCGUGUCCCCAUAAAUUUCAUUUAGCAGGAUCCACGUUGCAUAAUGGCUCUGCACUCCUCACAGUCAGCUGAGGCAAGGUCCAAUAUGCUCCUUGUUAGUAAGGGCAGUGUUUGUGCCGGCUACAUAAUUUUAAUCACUUGCACCACAGCCAGCGGAUGCUGGAAGUGGGGUAAGGAAAGUCUUAUUCAACCCUCUUCGUGGUUGGCCUUCUCUGGAUGGGGAUGCAGGUGUGUGUGCUGCCAGGAUUAAUAAAUUUCGAAGUGGCUGUACUACCUUUGAAAUGUAGUUGGGUUGCCCCUAAGAACAGGUUUGUGGGUAAUACAAGACACUGACUGAAUUUUGCUGGCUACUGUAUAGUCAAUUCCAACAACCAUGGCCAAAGUGAACACUUUACAGUAUUACUAAGACUUUCAGGUUAACAAUCUUAUUAAACAUCCAGGAAAGAGCCUCCCUCGCAUGCAGUUGUAUUUGCUGGUUCCUGGAGUGGCUGCUUAAUAUGAUCGUCACUCAGUUCAGUAGGAAGUGGGUCUCCUCAUUCAUCUUGUAGGUGUGAAGGGUAGGUAGUGAUAAUCUAUGCUCUUUGUACCCCAUCAAAAAGAUGCAUAAAAGGACAAAUAGUUUGUAAUAAAAUUAAAAAUAAGUCAGUGGUGAAAUAUUAA